GCUGCAGAGCAGAUGUACAAGCAGUCGGGGCACAGCUCCUCCUUUGUGUGCACAGUAGUUAUCGCCACCGCUCCCAGCCUUUUUAUACACAAAAAGAAGGGGAGCACAGCGAUGUUCCUGCCAUGCCUGAGAGGGGCUAUCAGCUGCUAAUGGCUUUGUCCUCGCAAAGGAAACUAUCUUACAGUGAAAGCGUCAGCAGGAAAACUAUGUGUCGAUCAGGCGCAAUGACAAGGAAGAUGGCCUCAGAGGAACAGGUCUGGCCGGUCCCAAUGAAGGCAAUUGGAGCACAAAACCUUUUGACGAUGCCUGGAGGAGUGACCAAAUCGGGCUAUCUUCAUAAAAAGGGAGGCACUCAGUUGCAGAUCUUGAAGUGGCCACUGAGAUUUGUGAUUAUCCAUGAGGGAUGCAUUUACUACUUUAAGACCAGCACGUCUGCAUCUCCACAGGGUGCAUUUUCUUUGAAUGGUUACAACAGGGUUAUGCGGGCAGCUGAAGAGACGACAUCAAGCAAUGUGUUUCCUUUCAAGUUAGUUCACAUUAGCAAGAAGCACAGGACGUGGUUUUUUUCUGCUUCUUCUGAAGAUGAAAGAAAGAAUUGGAUGCUAUCCCUGAGGAGGGAAAUCGAUCACUACCAUGAUAAGAAAGAAACAGUAACAGAAUUCAGUGACUCUGGUUCUGAUGCAGACAGUUUCUAUGGCUCAGUUGAACGUCCCAUUGAUAUCAAGUAUUCUCAUCAUUCAGCAGAUAAUGAAGAUUAUGACCAGGAGGAAGACGAUGAGUCCUACUUGCAGCCAGAUACUUCUGACAUAGUGAAAGAUGAUAUCAUGGUCCUGCCCCCAGCCUACCCACCUCCACCGGUCCCUCAUGUCAGAAAAGUUGCCUACUCAGAGUCAAGGUCACAUUCCUUUAGUGGAAAAACUGCUGGAUCAGCAGCACCACCACCACCUCCAAAAAGGAGCUUACCUGAGAUCAAGACAGAGGAUCUCUUCAGUGUGAGAGAGCCCCAGUUACUGUGCCGAGCUGAACCUAACCUAAAGAUUCAGUCCUCCAGCCGGAGACCAAGUGAGCAGCUGCCUCCUGUGCCCCCUUUACCUCUUUUCAAAAAGCCUUUUAGAGUCAAAGAACCUUCCUCACUGCAUCCAGAACCUCUGCCUCUGUCUCACGUUCUCAAUACUCCAGAAGGAUGCGAGAAACUAAAAACCUUAAACCUUUCACCGCGAACUCCUCCUCCAGUGCCAAGCAACAAACCCAAGUUGUCCCAGAUAACAGAAAAACCAAUAGAAACCAAAGUGCCAAGAGAACAUGGCAAACCGGGACUGUUUGUGCCACCAGUGCUCCCGAAGCCACCUGUGCCAGGCCACCAGCAUCCUGUACUUAAACCUAGACCAGAGAAGCCUUCAUGUCCCCAAUUACAGAGAUCACCACCAGAUGGGCAGAGUUUUAGAAGCUUCUCAUUUGAAAAACCAGCACUGCCCUCCAAGCCAAGUCAAGCGAAUGAUGAUUCUGAUGAUGACUAUGAAAAAGUUGAGCUGCCUACUUCAAUAUUUAUUAAUACCUCUGAAUCCUUAGAAGUUGAAAGGAUAUUUAAAGCUAGUAGCCCAAAGGGACAGCCACAAAAUGGAUUAUACUGUAUUAGGAACUCAUCUACUAAGGCUGGAAAGGUAUUAGUUGUAUGGGAUCAAUCUGCCGAAAAAGUGAGAAACUACAGAAUAUUUGAGAAGGACUGUAAAUUCUACCUGGAUGCAGACAUCAUGUUUCUGAACAUGGGGAGUUUGGUUGAAUACUAUAGCACUCAUGUCCUGCCUAGUCACGGCAGCCUGAUUCUUCGGUGUCCUUAUGGUUACUCUAAACCAAGCUGACAGGGCCGGCAUAAUUCACUGACACUGAGGAAAAAUGGGUUCUCUGCUGUCUUGGAAUUAAACGUGGACUUCUGCCACUGCUGGAUUUCCCGUUGCUUGCACACAAAACCUGAGUUUAUUUCAACCAUUUGUUUUCAUGUGAGCUAUAUCUCCACUUAAUGAACUCUUGGUAAAGUUUUGUAAUGCAGAGCAGUGGAUUUUGUGCCUUUCUCUCAGAAAGAUCUGAACAGGCUGUUCUGUGAAGGCCAUCUGUGACACCUGCACCUUUUUUUGAAACUGCUGCUAUUACUGAUCUCCUUGGAAUGUGGAGAACAAUGUCCACAUGAACAAAGAAGUGUUGUGAAUACAACCAAAGCACAAGAGGGAAGCUUCUGAAAAUACAUGAGAAUUCAUUUGUGGCAGGGAAUACUAAUAUUCUGACUUGAAGGAUUUUACUCCUUAAGUCAGGGCUGGUGCUGAACUUGUAUUACUUGUAUAGUUGAUGUGCAAAUAAUGAAGUCUUUUGUGCAAAUAAUUUGGUUUACUACAUGUAAAGAUGAUUGGGAAAUGCAACAUUUUCUAAGCCAAUUGACACAUAAAUGUAAUUUGUGAUUAAAAUGUCCACAGUAAUCAAUACUGAGGUACUGUCCAACAGAUAGGGUUAUGGCAUCAUAUGUAUUAAUUAAGAACACUUCAAGUAGGUUAGGGUAAUGCUAAUUUGGUUUUAAUGGGAGUCCCAUUCCUUAUUUCCAAACCAGAAGGUUUUUUAAAACACAAGAAAAAGCUACAAUUAUUGUGAUGUUACAAUUAGUCUAUAAGAUGUUGUGGUCAAUUUGUGAGGAUCAGGUUGUCAGCCAAGUGCAUUCUCUUCUGUUCGGGUGCAAAGCACCCUGUUCUAGUCUACUUUUUGUAGAACUCUACUAAUUUUUUCAUUAUUAAAAUCUCUAUUAGAUCAAAGCAAAUGCAAUGCAAACGAGAUCAAAUUAGUUUUUAAUGUACCAUCAGCACUAUCAAUUAUAGGUGUUUGCAGGGUGCUUAUGUUUGUUCCCUAAUAUCAUGGGGAUAAAUAUCCUAAACACAAGGGCUUGGUGGUUCUGAAAUUGCCCUACUCCUGAAUUUUUGUAAAGAGAAAGCUAUUUUACUGACCUGCUACAAUAACUUGGUUAAUGCAAAAGUACUGUCAAAUUAUUAUCUUUAAUAACGUUUAUGAGACUUAAUAAAAAAAAGAAUAAUUUGCUGUAAUUCUUGAAACAGGAGAAGCUAUCUGGUUUCUGUCAGUUUGAAUCCAUAAGUUGAAUCCAUAAGAACAUAAAAGUUCCACUUUUCUGCUACCUUUACAGAGGCUAUACAUGCCAGGUUUAAUCUUAUUGUUAUUAAAUGGUCACAGCUUUAAGAACAUUAAAAUGUUACAGAAUAAGAAUUUUGUUUUAUGAAAACAGUAAAAUAGGAUUUAAUCCCUAAGGGAUUUUUCUUAAUAAGCUGUAAUAAUAGGACCUCACAUAGAGCCAGCAAUUCUUACCUUAAUUCCUUCAUUUUGUUUGAGACAGAUAUGCACAAUAUCAGUAUCUGCUUUCUGUUCCCACUGUAAUAAACUUUUUUGUGAGUGUAAAUUAAAGAAUGUGCAGUACUUAAAUUUCAGACUCUGUUGAAUAUCAGAUUUGUAAUUCCUUUUAUUGUAGGUAAGUAUGUCUGUGGUUCACUGAUCUGAUGUGAUCCACUCCACAAAGAAAGCUCGGCCAACAAUGCACUCAUAAAGAUGUUGGCUUUUUAGAUCUGUGUGUCUGUAUUUUAGGCAAGCUCUAUUUUUAUUUUUUUUUACAGUAUUUAUACAUACUGUUUACAGAGUAAAUUUUUCUCUCUCUAGGAAUAACUGACUCACUCCAUCAUGACAGUCAUGCUUACAAUGUGCUAUGGGGCCAAAUUCAGUGGAUAAACUUCCAAUGCCAACUCGCCUAUUUUGUGCAGUCUCACUGAACUUGCUGAGUACGUGCUUUAAUACUUUCUCUUGUAAUUGUGGUUCUUGAGUGAGAAUUGAGGACUGAAGCAUUCAUUUUAUCUACGAGCACAAAACACAAGUGCAGCCAUAAUAAAAGGUUCCUCAGAGGAAGAGGAAUGUGCUGUGCAAGAGAGCCAAGUCUCCAAAGGACUUCAGCAACUUGCAGGGAGGAGAGGCCCUUUGCAUUUCCCAGCACCUAACAGCCCUUCUGUUCAGCAAUGUUGGCGUCACCCAGCAGGUUUCUCUGAUGCCUCCUGCAGGCAAGUAGGAGGGGCAGACAGGGACACACUAAGCAGUGCUUUCAGAUGGAUUCUAAAGAAAUCUGUAGUCACUCUCUCUUCUGAAUCAUCUUGCUCCUAUGUACUGCUCUAGUCUGCUUGGUGGAGAAUUAGAUAGUUACAUUUCUGGUGUUUGUAGGGAAGAAAGGCACAGUUUAGAGCUCACAGUCUGUCUCCUAUGUCUCUUACACAUCCUAUACGCCCCACUGCAAGCUCCUUAUCUUAAAGUGGUUUGGGGGAGAAGUGUAAAAGCAGUAUUUGGCAUGCCAAAAUAUGCAGUUUGUGAGUUUGGUAACAUGUAAGUCAAAAUAAUUGCUACUAAUUUUGGACAAAAUUCUGCACUUGCUGACCAAAUUUCUGUGAAAGGUUUGUAUUUGUGGAGGAAUAAUUCUUCUAGGGAAGAAAAAAACAAAAAAUGAAUGGUUCUGGAAAUACAGGAUUUUAAAAGGGACCAUCAAUCAAUAGAGUGCAAUAAUGGAGCAAUAGGAACACUAAAAGGGAAUCUGAUAUUGAGGUUUUCUAUGAGACAGAGUGCUACAUGCUGCUGCUUUUUGUCAGCUAUUCCCUCAGAACUUAACACUUUUCAAAAGAAUGUAAGUAAUGAGAAUAUUUGUGCCCUCUGUUCUGUCUUGCUUUAGAAAAUUGGAAGGAAUGGUGAUUUCUGAAGCGUUGAUGGUGAUUAGUUUGAGUUUGGUGACAUCUGCUGGUCAGCUGUUUCCAUGCAGGGAAACCCAACAGCAGUAUCUACAUGAAACGUGUACAGAGGUCAGUUGGGUGGACAUCAUUCUUAAGUGACUUUGGAUAGGAGCGAGUUUACAGCCUGACUCUAGGUGAAAAGCUGGUGAGCUGUGUCUUUGAGAGUGAAAGCAUCUUUUGGCUCAUGUUUCUUACAUAAGUAGCAACAUUGUUUAGCAAAAUUAGUCAUCUGAAUGUAUUUUAUCCUGGAUGAUGAAGAAGUAAUAUAAGCAAGAAUAUAAAAUUCAAAACAACUACUUCGAGGUAGAAUUUGCAUAAUCAUAGAAUUUACACAGACAUCUGAGGACUACCUAAAUACCUGACAUAAUGAAGCACUAAAGAGUUGUUCUAAACAUUAAAUACUUCAUCUGGCCUAAGUGUCUGAUGUUGUAAUAGUUUCCAUCUUAUUAAGAAGUCAACAUCUUGAACUGUUUUUUUUAUAGAAAGAGAAGCACUCCAGAUGACCAUGAUUACAGCCUCUUAAGAGAACUCCAAGCUCUCAUAUUAAAAAUAAAAAAAAACAAACAAAAUAAAACCCAAAAAAGUAAACACUACUGAAACCCUUGCAGAGCAGAGAGAAUUUGAGUUACCUUUAAACUGGGCAAACUGAAGCACCAAAGUACAGAAAGCUUAGUGUGUCUUGUAACACAGUCAACCCUAAAAUCUACUCACCCAGGACUUCCAUUUCUGUGCCUUAAAAUACAGGAUAGUAGUUCCUGUUGGUUAUUUGUACCUCAUUUCUUACAAUGCUAGUUACUGGAAGCAUUUAACCCAGCCUCUCAGGUUCAUGAUGUAUGUGAGCAUAAUGGCCGUGUAAGAAUUGUUUUUAAUGUAAUUUUUCUUCUACAUAACUCUAGCAAACUUGUUUUGUACAGAAAUGAUGGUAGUAACUGCUUGCGAGACUAAAUCUCUGGAAAUAGAUGGGGAAAAUAAAUGCAGACCCAUCUGACCCUUCUUUGGGUCAGUGCUUUGCUUUUUAACAGUA